UGAUUUGCGUUAGGCAUCAUUCAAUAUUUACCAUAAACAGAGAUGCCACUAGUUUUGCUAAAUCAGCUGAUGGAUUGGCGUUUAUGGUUCUCGGAUAACUUCACACCGCUGACAACAUUCUACAAGCCAGCCAACCAAAACUUACGAAACGCCACCUCCACCAGUAGAAUUUUGUACUCGCUUGUGCGAGUGUUCCGAGUCGAUUCGUUCUAAAUAUUUUGUUGACAGAUUUUAUUGACAAGUGAACCUUGAUUUGUUUAUUCUUCUUUAUUACCUGUGUUUGUGAAAAUCGGAUUGAAGAAUUAUUAAUAUAGUGCAUUUAUAGAUUUUGGGUGACGUUCAUUGCCUUUCUCUGACAAAGGAAACAGCGGAGUCCUCAUCAUUGUUCUGUACCCAUUUCACCAGGAUUGCAUUUCCAUCAUAGAACGUAAGUUUUGGAAUGAGAGUGAAUCACCUGAAAUAAAAGUCGUUGUCGUAAAGGUGGAGCAGUUGAUUACAGUCGGUAAUGGGCACGCGGUGAGCCUCGCGGGACUCCAGCAUGACGGACGAGCGGGCGCAGAGCGCGGGCGGCGCCAACGCCGCGCCGCAGCACAGGAAGGGCCACAGGAGGCAAGAGUCAAUGUACGCAAUGACGGGACUCUAUGCGGAGUCAGGUGGUGCGGAGGCCGACGACGCCGGACCCGGGCCGAGCGCGGCGCACCCCCCGCUCCCCGCGCACCCGCCGCGGGACCCCGUCAAGUGCCACAGCCGGAACCCCUCGGCCGGCAUAUGCGACAGAGAACGCGAGAGAGAAAGAGAGAAACCCCACCAGUUAUUCCCAGAAAUAUUGGACAUUCCUCAUGAUGCGCGCGACUGCGGUAUCUUAUCAUGGAGACCGCUAUUCAUUCAGAGAUUUUCUAGUAUUAAAGUAUUUGUAUUUUUCCUCUCGAUCCUCGUGACGCUACAACAAGCCCUAAGCUCCGGCUACAUAAACUCCGUGAUCACGACAAUCGAGAAACGGUUCGAGAUCCCGUCGAGCCUCUCGGGGCUCAUCGCGAGCAGCUAUGAGAUCGGCAACGUUAUUACCGUAAUCUUCGUGUCGUAUCUCGGCAGUCGCCGGCACAUUCCUGUUUGGAUCGCAGUCGGUGCGGUAAUAAUGGGCAUCGGUUCAUUAGUAUUCGUGGUGCCUCACUUCAUAGCAGAAAUUAAUAGCGAAAUGACAGUAAACAAUAAAUCAGCCGAUAAUAUUUGUUACCGGCCACCGGAGAAGAAUAUUCUAGCCCAAGGCCUGUCUCCUAAUAACUUGAGGCCGGAAAAUUGCAUUAAGAGUUCACCGAGCACGUUCCUGCCGGUGAUGGUGUUCGUGGUGGCGCAGCUGCUGCUGGGGUGCGGCGGGUCGCCGCUGCUCACGCUCGGCACCACCUACGUCGACGACCACGUGCGACCAGAGUCAUCCAGCAUGUAUAUAGGGUGCAUGUACAGUAUGGCUGCCUUCGGACCCGUGCUUGGAUUUCUGCUCGGUGCCUAUCUGCUCUCCUUUCACAUGGAUUCAUUUUCGGGACAAAUUAUAGAAAUAGAUCAAUACGACCACCGAUGGGUCGGCAUGUGGUGGGGCGGCUUCCUGCUCUGCGGGUUCCUCCUGAUACUGGUCGCCGUCCCUUUCUUCUCGUUCCCGAAGGUGCUGGUGCGAGAGAAAGAGAAGAUCAGACUCGUGGAGAAAGCGGCCGCGGCUAGCGGCUCGGGGACCGCUAAGCCUCCAGUGAAACCGCCUUCCGAUAUAAAGGACACGGGCUAUGGCAAGGAUAUAAAAGAUAUCCCGGUAUCAAUGUGGAGACUGCUCAAGAACCCAGUGUAUGUUGUGACGUGCCUCGGCGCUUGCAUGGAGCUCAUGAUCGUGUCCGGGUUCGUCGUGUUCCUGCCUAAAUACUUGGAGACGCAGUUCAGCCUCGGCAAGAGUCAGGCUAGUGUUUUCACGGGAUCCAUCGCUAUCCCCGGAGCUUGCAUCGGUAUCUUCAUGGGCGGCUGCCUGCUAAAGCGGCUCGAACUGCGACCCAAGGGCGCCGUUCAGUUCGUACUGAUCUCCAACACAGUCUGCCUCUCCUGCUACGGGCUGCUCUUCUUCCUCGGCUGCGAUAACAUCCAGAUGGCCGGGACCACUAUUCCGUAUACGAAUGCCAGUAACCUGGAGCCGUUCAAGGUGAACCUGACGGCGGCGUGCAACUUCAACUGCCUGUGCACGGAGACGGACAUGGAGCCGGUGUGCGGCAACAACGGGCUCACGUACUUCUCGCCGUGCCACGCGGGCUGCUCCGACUCCUUCUCCUCGCGGUCCAACUUCGCCAACUGUGCCUGCGUGGCGGGCAACGCGCGCGGGCUGGCGGGCGUGCUGAGCGGCGCGUCGGCGGCGGCGCUCACGGCGGCCGGCGCGCGCGAGUACAGCGAGGUGACCGUGGUGCCCGUGGCCACGGCCGGCGCCUGCAACCCGCCCUGCAACACCAUCUUCCCCUUCCUGGUGCUGCUGUUCUUCAUGACCUUCGUGGUCGCCGUCACGCAGAUGCCGCUGCUCAUGAUCGUGCUCCGGUCCGUGAGUGAAGAGGAGCGUUCGUUCGCGCUCGGCAUGCAGUUCGUGAUAUUCCGUCUGUUCGGCUACAUCCCCGCGCCCAUCGUGUUCGGGAACCUCAUCGACUCCACCUGUAUCCUGUGGAACAAGUCGUGCAGCGGCGAGACGGGCGGCCGCUGCUUGCUCUACGAUAUAGAACAGUUUCGGUUCAGAUACGUGGGUCUCUGCGGCGGCAUCAAGAUCGUGGCGCUGGGCAUCUUCCUGGCGGACUGGUGGCUCGUGCGCCGCCGCCGCCACCUCGAGCACGCGCCGCCCGUCGACGCGCGCGACCUGGCCGGCUCCAUCAUCAGCCUCGACAAACUAUUUGAAGAGUUGCCGUCUGCGGACAACGCGAGCGGUUUCCGAUCGGGGCCGACGUCGGGGCCGAGCUCGGCGGCCACGUCGCCGCUCGAGGCCGGUGCGGGGCCGAGGGGCUCCAUCCAGCGCACGGACUCGCAGUACUCGCAGGAAUCGCAAACAGCUCGCAAGAGCUCGCGCGUGCUGGUGGCGUCGCGGCACCUCCGCAACGACUCGAAGACCAUCCAGCUCGAGAACACCAACUACAAGUCGCACUCGCGCUCCGGCUCGCGCGACCUCAGCCUCGACCAGCUCAAGCAGCUCGCGCUCAAGAGCGUCGAGAACCUGGACCUCAGCGUGCUCCCGCUGGCGCCACAUUUGUGUGGCGACGAGGAGAGCAAACGGUUGCUGGAGUCGGGCGCGCUGCGGCACCGGCGCACCGGGUCGCGCGACCUGCGGCCGCCCGCGCAGCCGCAGUCGCGCCACAAGCGCACGUCCUCGCACCACAUCACGCUGGAGCCGCACGAGCUCUGCCUGCAGCUGCAGAAGGGCCGCAGCGUCGACCAGCUAUCCGUCUCCCUCGCACAGCCCCGCCCGCCGCACGACCCCUGCGUCUGAGAGGGACGCAUUAACCCACCAACUCAUUUCCCCUAACGUGCCCGUAGAUCUCAAAGCUGUUUUCUGUCGUAGAUGUUAUAUUAAAAAAAAACUAUAUUUACUUCUAGCGGUAGUCGUUUCAGCAGAAAAUGACUUUCGACGGAUGCGAGCGCGUUAGAGAAAGUGUGUUAUCUGUGGUCCCGCUUCCGAGCGUAUAGUGAUAUUUAGUGAAAUUUGAGCUCCGCUCGAGCUCCUAUCCUGUCGAAUAGUAGCGAUAGUACUGAAUGAGUGAUUUUGAUCAUAUCUGUGUAGUUCCGACGCUUUAAAGAGAUCUAUCUCUGUAGAAAACCCCCAUAAAGUUAUAGUGAAUCGUUCUAUCGGGUACCGCUGCGAAUGAAAUUUAAAGAGAAUAUACCGCAGUUUUAUUGUACGCAUUCUCUUAACAAAUGGUAGCCUUUUAAUGUAAACUCAUUUAAAGUAUUACGGUAGGCGUCGAUAUCAUAUCGGUUAAUAAAUAAAACCCCUAUAAGAAUGGUAAA